GCUGUGUCCCCCCGUGUCCCUCCGGUCCCCCGGGCUGUGUCCCCACGGGUCCCCCCGUCCCCGCCGCGCGGAGCCGCCGCCACCGCCCCGGGGGGGACAGCGGGGGAGGCCUGAGAGCGGUGGAGCCCCGGGAGCGGGCACGGCGCGAGUGAUCCCGGUUCGGCUGGGACAUCCCGGUGCGGCUGGAGCAUCCUGAAACUUCCCAGGCUCACCGGAGGGAGUUAUCCCGGUUUUCCAUAAGCACCGGGGGCAGUUAUCCCGGUUUUUUGAGCAUCCCGGUUUCCAUGGGCACCGGGGGCAGUUAUCCUGGUUUUUGGAGCAUCCCGGUUUUCCAUCUGCACCGGGGGCAGUUAUCCCGGUUUUCCGUGGGCACCGGGGGCAGUUAUCCCGGUUUUCCGUGGGCACCGGGGGCAGUUAUCCCGGUUUUCCGUGGGCACCGGGGGCAGUUAUCCCGGUUUUCCUUCUGCACCGGGCGCGGUUAUCCCGGCUUUUGGAGCAUCCCGGUUUUCCAUCUGCACCGGGAGCAGUUAUCCCGGCUUGCACGGGCAGCGGGGGCAGUUAUCCCGGUUUUUGGAGCAUCCCGGUUUUCCGUGGGCACCGGGGGCGGUUAUCCCGGUUUCCUCGAGCACCGGGCGCAGUUAUCCCGGUUUUUGGAGCAUCCCAAACUCUCCCACACUCCGUUUCCCCCAGAGACGCCGCGCUCCAGCCUUGGGAUCCUCCGGGAGCCGCAUCCCGCUCCUGGAAUUCCCGGGAUGCCCGGGACGAGCCCGAUUCAGCCGUGCCUCAACCCUGCUCCGCCCGCUCCCCCCGCCUGGAUCCCGAAUCCCGAAUCCCGGAGAUCCUUCCCGGGAGUUUUCCAGCCGGGAAUGGGGCGCAUUUCCCGGGAAUGCCGUGCAUGGGCAGCGUUUCUUGCACUAAAUCCCAACCCCGAUCCCGCCGCCGGUGCCGCUUCUCCCAAAUCCCAAAUCCCAGCGGGACAUUCCCGGCUCCAGCUCCGAAUUCCCUGGAAUUCUGUCGCAAUAAGGGGCGGGACAAGGAGGGGACACGGGGAGGGACAAUGGGGGAGGGGGUGGGAGCCGCUUCGCUGCUGCCGCGGGAAGGAAUUCCGGGAUUCCCGGGAUUCCCUGGAUCGGCUUUUCCAGCGGGAUCCACGCUGGGAAUGCGCUCCCUCCUUUCCCUGCUUCGCUUCGCGGGGUUGGUGGCACUUGGGGACAACCAUUCCCAAAGGGAAAAAUCUGGGAAAAAGAGGGAAAAGCGGGGAAAGGGGGGGUGGUCCCGAGUCUCCUCCUGUUCCUCUUCCCAAAAAUCAGGUUGGAAUUUUUUGAGGGUUUUUUUUUCCCCCUCCUCUUUCGAAGAAUCCAUGGAAUUUCGAAGAAUCCAUGGAAUUUUGGGGUUUGGGGUUUUUUGGGAUCCCAAAUCGAAGCCAUUUUGCAGAGCAAUAAGGGCAGGGGAAUCCGGGAUUCCCGAGGGAAAGGCUCCGUGUUCCUGGGAAAAUCCCACUGGGAUCGGGGAGGGAAAUUUGGGAAUGUGGGAAGGGAAAUUUGGGAAUUGGGGAUGGAGUUUGGGAAGGGAAAU